UUUGGAUUGUUUCAUUGCCUCCAGGGUUGGGAAGAUGCAGAAAACCAAGCGCAAGGGAAGAGGCAAGAGCAUAACACGCGUGAAUAAAAAGCAAAAUGCUAGCAAAUCAGUACAUAAGCAAUGUAUUGCCUUGGAAGAUGGAUCUAAAAACUUGGUUGAAUCCUUUGGAAAUUCCUCGAGUGAACUCACCAAACAGAUUGAGUCAAAACUAUCAGAAAGUGUUGUUUCUCUUGCUUCAUUUGAUGGAGAUACGGUUGUAUCUGAAUGCACGGGAAUAUUUAUUGAAAACUUAUGUGCUGAUGCCACAACUAUUCUGACUUCAGCUAGUCUGGAUGGAUCUUUACAUGAUGGGUUCGCUAAAAAAUUGACGAUUAAAGUGCGUCUUCCCAAUGAUCGAGUUGUCAUUGGCUCGUUAGGCCAAACUGAUCUCAAGUAUGAUCUUGCUGUUGUGAAGAUCAGGCGUGCACGUGGUUUCCAGGAAGCACAUCUCAGUUCUAGCCAUCCCGUGCAAUUUGAGUCCGAUAGUAAGGUAGUAGCUGUGGGGCGUUGUUUCAACUCAGGCAUGUUAAGGUUCACAAAUGGGACAGUGUUUGGCCCUGCAAGUUAUGAAAUCCGUGAGCUUAUACUCCCCACAUGUGAAAUGAACACGGCUCUGAAUGGAUGCCCCCUUGUUGAUUUUGAUGGGAACUUUGUUGGAGUGAACUUCCGACGUGGCAAACGUACUGUAUUUGUACCAAUGAACAAAGUUCUUGAAUUCCUUGGAUACUCUGGGACAACUAGGCAUAGUGCUGCUGAUACUAAUGAUAAACAUGGUUUAAACAGUGUGCUGGAUGACAGUUGGUCAAUGCUAUAUGGGGAUGUCGAACCGGACCGAGAUUUGGAUUUGUUCCCGCUGGGCGAAUGUGCGUUCGUAUAUAAGAAAGAGGAUUUAUCUGCCUCAAUCUACUGCUAGAUAUCACUGAACCUGUUUGUGCUUGUGUCGCUCCACUGUAGGAAUUAUCAAACCGUUGUUGCUAAUGCAUCUUUGCGAUUCUGUACUGCUUAUCAAUGUUCAGAAAAUUGCUAA